AUGCUGCUCGGCUACGUAAGUUGUCGGAAUUCAUAGGGUUCAAAUGUUUGCAGGCCGUUUUGGUUACUGUAGCUUUUGUUUUUUGUUUUCAAACCGGUUUUGAGUAUUUUGGACUAUUUUAUAUUACUUUGGACAGACUUUCUAAAGCUUUUGUAUUAGUUGAGGGUUUUUUGAACCUUUGAAGUUUAUUAGUACAAUUUCAGGUCUUUCUAUUACUAAUACCUUUACUGGUAUGGCCUAACGCCGAUGCAGAACUGAACGUUCCACAAAUACUUUUAAAUGAAAAGAACAUCGUAAGUCAUCAUUCGUAAGGUUUGUACUGUGUACAACAAUAACCUUUAGCAUUGAAAGAAAUGUGUACUAUAAUACUGCUUAUAGGGUGGUGCUGGAGUGAGAGCACGUCUUUCAAGAAAAGGUAUCCAAUAUGUGAGUGAAACUCUGGCUGGAGCCUUGAUUACUGAGGUCGUUACCGCUCCAUUAAGUCUAGAUCCUCAGGGUCUAACGGUACGUUCAAAUGACAGUAAUUUUAUGAUUAUUUAAGUUUACAUUAUAAUACAUUUUUUGUUUUGUAAAAUUAUGUUUAAGACGAACAGUGGAAGAAUACUCUUGUCUGAUAUGACCUUAAACAUGAAGAGUUCAAGACACCAACUUCUGACCGACAUUCGAGCACCCGACACUAUUAUUGUCAAGUUUGUUCGACUGGAACUGACGUAAGUUAAGGUUGCAAGAUACGUCUAAAAGUUAUGUUGAUCAUUAUCAUCUUUCAUUGCUACAAUAAUUUAGUCUUUGUUAAUUGUUACUUUAUUACUAUAGUAUUAUUAUGUAUAACUACUUGUAAUUUUACAGUGCUAAUGCUAAACUGUCAAACGAAGCGAAGGAAAACAAGGGAACCGCUAAGAUUGGAUCUAACGCCAUCAACCUUAACUUGGAAAUUACUCCAACUAGAACCACUCAAGGUGCACCAAACAUGAAACUGCGUCAGUGCAAGAUUCUAAACACCAAAUUCGAGGUUACUAUUGCUUCGGAAAUGACUGAUGAAUCUUUGAAAGUAAGGAUUAUUCAAUUUUUUAUAAUUUUUAUAACGUGCUUUGUAUUACUUUAUAUACCGUAAUCAAAUAUUUAGUUUAUUAUUUCGUUUUUUUAAAUGAUAUAAAACUUUUUAGAGCGCAAUUGAAGCUGAUGCGCACGAUUUGUUCGAAGGUCUCUUGUGUUCCCGAAUUGAGUAUGUGAUUGAAGAUCGUGUUAACGACAGGUUCGGCCUUCUCUCUCCUAAAAUCACUUUGGCUCACAUCAAUGAUGAUGAACUGAUAAGAGACUUGGCCGAUCGUUUGAGAGCUCGCCGUCAACGUAGACAAUAUCCAGGAGGAUUGGGCGCUGGCAUUGGAUUGCCAAUGGGAAUGAGACUGGGAGCUGGUCUCGGACGCAAGAAGAGAUCACCUGGAUGGGGCAUGGAGAGCUUCAUGCCAAGAGUCAAUACUAAUGGCUGGGAGCACGGUAUGAGACUCAAAACCAAUGGAUGGGAACGAGGAAAACGUUCUCCAGGUUGGGGAAUGGAAAAUGUGAUGCCAAGGGUUAACACCAAUGGAUGGGAGCACGGAAUCCGUGUUAAUACCAAUGGAUGGGGAAGAAAAAAGCGAUCUCCAGGAUGGGGAAUGGACAGUUUUAUGCCAAGAGUCAAUACUAACGGUUGGGAACAUGGUAUGCGAUUAAACACCAACGGCUGGGAGAGAGGAAAACGUUCUCCAGGAUGGGGAAUGGAAAAUGUGAUGCCAAGAGUCAACACCAAUGGCUGGGAGCAUGGAAUCCGUGUCAAUACCAACGGUUGGGGACGCAAGAAGAGGUCUCCAGGAUGGGGAAUGGACAGUUUCAUGCCAAGAGUUAACACUAACGGAUGGGAAAACGGAAUUAGAGUGAACACCAAUGGCUGGGGAAGAAAGAAGAGAUCUCCCGGUUGGGGCAUGGAGAGUUUCAUGCCAAAGGUUAAUACUAAUGGAUGGGAGAAUGGAAUCAGGCUUAAUACUAACGGCUGGGAACGUGGAAAGCGAUCUCCAGGAUGGGGAAUGGAAAACGUUAUGCCAAGAGUCAACACCAACGGAUGGGAACACGGAAUCAGGGUUAACACCAACGGAUGGGGAAGAAAAAAGAGAUCCCCUGGCUGGGGCAUGGAAAGUUUCAUGCCUCGCGUUAACACCAACGGCUGGGAACAUGGUAUGCGAUUGAACACCAAUGGCUGGGAGAGAGGAAAGAGAUCUCCAGGUUGGGGAAUGGAAAACGUUAUGCCAAGAGUCAACACUAACGGUUGGGAGCAUGGAAUUCGUGUCAACACCAAUGGUUGGGGAAGAAAAAAGCGAUCUCCAGGAUGGGGCAUGGACAGUUUCAUGCCAAGAGUCAACACUAACGGAUGGGAAAACGGAAUUAGAGUGAACACGAACGGCUGGGGCCGUAAGAAGAGAUCUUCUGGAUGGGGAAUGGACAGCUUCAUGCCAAGAGUUAAUACCAAUGGAUGGGAGAAUGGAAUUAGACUCAACACCAACGGUUGGGAACGAGGAAAACGUUCGCCAGGUUGGGGAAUGGAGAAUAUAAUGCCAAGAGUUAACACUAACGGCUGGGAACAUGGCAUGCGAUUGAACACCAACGGGUGGGAGAGAGGAAAAAGAUCUCCAGGAUGGGGUAUGGACAGCUUCAUGCCACGUGUCAACACCAACGGUUGGGAACACGGUAUGCGAUUGAACACCAACGGAUGGGAGAGAGGAAAAAGAUCUCCAGGAUGGGGUAUGGACGGCUUCAUGCCACAUGUCAACACCAACGGUUGGGAACACGGCAUGCGAUUGAACACCAACGGAUGGGAGAGAGGAAAGCGUGAUGCUGGAGUAAUCCCUGGAUUUAACGUGGUAAGUGUUUGUAUUUGUCUAACUAAACUGUUUAUUUAUGAACUGAUGAUUUUAGUAUUUCUAAUGUCAUACAUUUUAGUCCCACAUGGACACUUUGUUCCUGGACUACACCAUCAUGGGUGACAUGAAGGUCACCAACCUUGGCCUUGAGAUCGAAAGCAGUGGAGAAGUUUCUUUAAGAGGAAGAGGUGGUACACCAUUUGGACCUGUACCAGCUCCACUCCCAGAAUCUGUCCACGAAGAUUCCAUGCUUCAAAUGAUUGUUUCUGACUACAUGGUCAACUCUCUCAUGUAUCACGGUCACACGUAUGUUUAUCUUCAUUGUUUUGAUAUUGUGUUAAGAAUAUGUUGUGUUAGCUACAUUUUUAUUAUUUUUCCUAAUUUCUAUAACUAUAUUUUAAGAGACAAUUAAUUUUAGUAUUGGGCUCUUCAAGACCCGUGUAGACCCUACAACUCCUCACUUCGGUCCCAUCAUGAAGACAUCGUGCUCUCUGUCUUCUGGAAUGCUCUUCUGCUUGGGAGAUCUCUUCCCAACUCUGAGAAAGACCUACCCAGAACGUCGUUUGGUACUGUUCUUCAACACUCUUCAAGCUCCAGUUAUCGUGUUCCACCCGGCUUCUUCCGGAGGCAUCAAGUUCUCGCUGAUUGGUCGGAUUGCUAUCUUGGUGGUUCACCCUCAAACCAAGGCUGAAGAACUGGUGGCCGAGAUGAAGAUUGACGUCGACGCUCAGAUGAAGAUGAGAUUGUCUAGCUCCAUGGUCAGACCAAAAAUUUCUUUGGACAGAAUUAAGUUGGUAUGUUGUUUUGUCAUCUUAUUAUUUUUUGCAGUAUUUUGGUUUAUUUUUCAUUAAAUUACGAUUUAUGUUAUGUUAUACUUAUUAUAUUUAGAAAUAUAAGGUUUGGAACAUUAAUGUAUAAUGUAAUUGAAUUGUCAUCGUUUUCAGACAACAAUGUCUCCCGGAAUCUUGUUGCAAAACGAAUUGGAUGACGCUGUUUUGUUGGCGAGAGAAGUGCUCCAGAGAAUGGUGAACGAUCUUCUGAAGGACGGAAUCCCAAUUCCAGUUCACCCACUCUUCAAGCUGGUCAAGCCAAAGGUAAGGUCUGAUAAUAGUAAUGAUUUGAUUGAAAAUGCCAUCUAAGGGACAACAGAAGCAUAAAGGUUACAUUUUUUGUCUUAAAGAUAUCAUAUCCUAUUCCACUGCUUACAGGUAAAAGUAGUCGAACGUGCCCUCCUCCUCCAGACCAACUUCGAACUGAACGAACGUCUGAUGCGCCAAUUGACAGCCGGCGACCUCGAGCGACGACGCCGACUGUAA